AUGAUUCGAAAUGGAAGGCUAUUUUUCCUACCGAUGCUGAUUGUAUCUAUACAAUCGUGUGCAAUUAUUAAUAUUUUACAUAUUAAAAAUUCGGCUGAUGUUAUUUUUACCGGUCGAGUCCUUUCAAUUCAUCAAUGGGCGUUGAAUCAGCCAUACUCAGCAUUUGUUUGGGUGUUUCAAAUACUCCACGGAGAAUCCUAUUUACUUGAACACUAUCAAUCGACACACAUACAACGGCCACUCUAUAUUGUCGUCGAUAAUUUAGUCGUGUGUGAAGGAAAUUCACAAUUAAAAUAUCACGAUGUCAAGAUAUUUGGUGUCCGCAUUACUCACGCACGAUUUUAUUCAAGUUUUACACCAUUACGAGUUACGCUAGCAAAUAUGAACGUAAUCGAGGUGCCAAUGAGCACAGUUAGCAAUAAAGCGUACACGGUUGCUGUUGAACAGCAUAAUCGAGAUAAAAAUCGAAAAUGUUUACGUAUUAUACUUAUACUUGUUGGUAUAAUUAUUGCGUUGGCUUGUAUUUUUCUUAUUAUUGUCGUCUACAGAACAUUGAAAACAGGCAUUCAGAGAAAGAGUGUAACAACACUUUAUGGCAAUGACAGCGAGUCUAUGCAUAAUCAAUCCUUAUUUGAGUUUCGAUAUGAACGAAAUUGUCAAUAUGGACGCAUUGAAUGUGAAUUUAAUGCGACGUGCACAGAACAAGAUGAAUGCCGAUGUAUAUUCGACUGUAAUGAUGAUGGAGAGUCAGUUCAAGAUGAGAGAACCGGAAUAACGUAUCCUAAUCAAUGUCGAUUAGAUCAAGCCCAAUGCAAUGCUUACUAUCAGCAACCAUUUGCGAGAAAAGCGGACUCAGUAUGCUCAUCGAUAAUAUGUUCCCAUGGGUCUAAGUGUCGAAUAGAUGACAAUGGUUUGCCUCGAUGCUUUUGUCCGGACAAUUGCGAUGAAUACGCUCGUACAAUGCCAUCGCACGGAUAUAUUUGCGGUAGUGACAAUAAAACCUAUGAAUCAUUAUGUGAAUUAAAUAAAAAAGCGUGUCAAAUACAAGAAAAUUUAGUUCUUUCAUAUAUUGGCGAAUGUCAUGAUUGCCAUCAUUCAGAUUGCCCUAAAAAUCCUAACAAAUGUAAUCCUCAUAUACAAUGUUUAUUCGAUUAUCAUCCAUUAUGUGCAAGUAAUCUUCAAGAAUAUUCAAAUGAAUGUGAAAUGAAUAAAUAUGCAUGUCAAUCAAAUAUACAUUUAACAAAAUUGCACGAUGGUUCGUGUGAUUUUCAUGAACAACGUCAACAAUCUGAAGCCUGUAAAGCUCUGAUUUGUUUUCAUGGAAAGACAUGUAUGAUUGAAGAUGGUAUUGGCGUAUGUCGAUGUAUAUUUAAUUGUUCAUCAGAAGAAAAUAAAAUCUGUGGAUCAAAUGGUAUGUCCUAUAGAAAUUUAUGUGAAAUGCAACGUGACCAUUGUGCACGCGAAGAAAACAUCGUACAAGUUGAUAGCUCACAUUGUUUUCAAACUUGUGAUACACUUCGAUGUCCAUACGGUCAAUGUAAACAACGCUAUAAUGAACAAGUCGAAUGUGAAUGUAAACAAUGUUCAACAAUCUAUUCUUAUCAAGAUAUAGUUUGUGGUAAUAAUGGGAUAAGUUAUUCAUCACAAUGCCAUCUUGAAUAUGAUGCUUGCACAAGACAUUUGGAUAUAAGACCAAUUCACAUGGGACAAUGUAAUAAUUGUCAUAAUGUUAAGUGUCCAUUUCAUGGGCGAUGUCAAUCUGAACAAGGAAAUUACACAUGUGUUUGUCCAUCAAGAAAUACUUGUUCACCUGUGCGAUAUGAUGAGUCGUAUUCGAUUUGUGCCAGUAAUCAACAGUUAUUUGCUAGUCAAUGCGAAAUGGAUAUUCGUUCAUGUGAAUUACAAAUUCAUCUGUAUGCUAUUGCACCUCAUUAUUGUAAUAAAGACAACGAUAAACCUGAUUAUACCCGCGAGUGUGGCUACGAUGAACCGCUAUUUGAUAUCGUACAAAGUCGUACUACUGAAUGUGACACUAUUGGACGUUGUCCAAUGAAUAGUUUUUGUAAUGCACAAACAAAUCGAUGUUGCGUCAAAGUAAUCACUGCUGUAUUACCUUAUCGAAUGUGUUCAACCGAUGAGCAUUGUGGUAAAAAUAUGGUUUGUUUAAGUGGUCUUUGUGAAUGUGCUCGACAAGAUUAUAUAGCAGCACGAAAGAAACGAGAAUGCAUUGCUGUUCCUUAUUUAUCCGUUGGUUCGACUUGUUCGGAUUCUUCAUAUGGAUGUUGUAAUGAUAAUAUUACUAUUUCACCUAGUGUGGAUCGACGUGGAUGUCCAGAAUAUUGUAAUUGUCAUUCAACUGGUUCAUUACAAACGUCGUGCGAUCCAAUGACAAAUUCUUGUUAUUGUCGACCAGCUGUUGGUGGACCGAAUUGUUCUCAUUGUGAAAACGAAUAUUGGGGAUUUUCUCGUAUAUUAACACAUAACAAUACUGGAUGUACUCCUUGCGGUUGUCAUCCAUAUGGCUCGACGAGAAAAGAUUGCGUUCAAGACACUGGCGAAUGUAGUUGUCAGUCAUUUGCCACAGGUCGUCAAUGUGAUAAAUGCAUUGAUUCAACUUUGAAAUUAACUGAACGUGGCUGUGUUAAUUUAUAUACAGGUCGUCGUCGUCCACGAACAUGCCGAGAUUUAGUAUGUCUUUUUGAAGGCGUUUGUCAAAUAAUGAAUGAACAUCCUCGUUGCACAUGUCAUCAUGUAACAUGCACAAAUGAUGAGCAACGUCCAAUGGAUAUAUGUGCGUCAGAUGGACGAACUUAUAAAUCAAAAUGUGCUAUUAAACGACAACGAUGUUUAAAACAAUAUGAAAUUGGUUUAAUUUAUCCUGGUGUUUGUGCAGAUGGAUCAUCGACAGAAUAUCCUCAAUUCGAAGAAGACUUUGUAAUACAAGAUGAAGAAAUUGCAUAUGAUUAUCCAUCGCCAGUAAUAACAGCUGAUUCAAAACGAUGUGUUACCAAUUCGGAUUGUGGAGAAAAUAUGGUUUGUUUGUCGGAAUUUUGUGAAUGUGCAAAACAAAAAUAUAAACGUAUACCUGGACCACGAUGUGUGGCGCCUCAUUCGAAUCUUUUGGCAUCGAACUAUACGUUAAAUCCUGUUCGUCGUACAACGAUGGGUGCUUGUAUCCGUCGAACACCAUGUGAAAAUCAUGCUACAUGUAUCGAUCGACCAGAUGGAAAUUAUAAAUGCUUAUGUGCUUUUGGUUGGCAAGGACGUCAUUGUAAUGAAAGAUUUGACGUAACAAUUCCACAUUUUAAUCGUCAAUCCUACUUUGAACUUAAAACUUACUUAUCAACAAAAUCUAGCGAUAAUCAACUAUUACGAAUUGAUCUUAUAUUCGCAUCGGAACAUCAUAAUGGUUUACUACUUUAUUCUGAUGAUAAAUUAACAGAAUUUUAUUUUAUUAUUUCAAUAAGAAAUAAAAUUCUUGAUAUAACUGUUCGGCUUGAUCAUUUUAUUUCAACAAUGCAAUUACCAGAUAAGAUUGAACUUGAUACAUAUUCUCGUUUACAAGUUCAUAUCUUACAUAAUGAAAUACGUGCAAGAUUAAAUGAUGGAAAUAUUUCAUCAAGAUUAUUACCAUUUGGUAGUUCGUUCAAAAGUACAUUAUAUUUAGGAGGCUUACCAGAUUCUUUAAAUUCUCUCUAUCAACAAUUUCAUCUUGAUGAAGGUUUUCAAGGAUGUAUACAUGAAUUAUCAAUAAAUGAACGACGAUUGACAUUCAAUAGUACUGAUCAUCAUAUUAUUCUUACAGCUCAAAAUAUUGAUGAAUGUAUUGCAAAUCCAUGCCGAUCAGGUAUUGCAUCAUGUCGAAGUGGAACUCGUUGUAUACCGAUACGAAACAAUGAUGCAAAUAGCUACAAAUGUAUAUGUGAUGAUCAUAGUUCUUCAUUGAAUACUGAUUGUUUAAUAUCAUCGAUUGAUCGAUGUUCAUUGAAACCAUGUGAUUAUGAUCAACAGUGCAUUAAUGUCUAUCCAAAUAAUUACACGUGCAUUUGUAGAAAUUGUUCCGCAGAUAAUCCAUAUAUAGCCGCCUUUGAUACUAAUAGUUAUAUAAAAAGGCCUCCACUUGAACCAUUAGAACACACGGGGAAAUUUUCAAUUGAAAUAUGGUUUCUCAGUGAAAGUUCAUCAGGUCUAUUGAUAUAUAGUGAUCAUGUAAAUUCUAAAAAAGGAUACUUCACUGUUUAUAUACGAAGACGUAUGGUAACAUGUAAUAUUAUUAUGGGAAGCAAAACUAUUUCACUAAGUUCUCGAUAUCCGAUCGAAUUAAAUAUAUGGCACCGAUGUUCAAUCGAAAUUCAUGGCCAAAAAUUAACUUUAGAAGUUGAUCAAGAAUCUCCCGUAGUGACAUAUGAAUUAUUUUCUACAAAUAUUCUAUGGCCUCGUUCGUUUACAUUUAUUGGAAAUCUACCAAUUCAAUAUCGUUCAUUUGACAUUUUAUCGAAUUCCAUCAUAGUUGAAGGAUUUCGUGGUGCAAUACAAAAAAUUAUUCUUAACAAUCAACUAUUAGAUGAUAUUCGUCAAGAUUCUAUAGAACUGUUUAAUAUAAGUGAAUAUCAUGGUUAUCCAUGUCAUCCAAAUCCUUGUACAUUAAAUAAAAUUUGUCAACAAACAGAAUUAAAUAACUAUACAUGUCAUACACGAUAUAGACUAUCGAAUAUUAAAGAUGUAUCAGUUGAAUUAGAUGGAAAACAAAAUCUUGUUUAUUCCUAUGUACCAGUAAAUUUAAAUAGAAAUUAUUUUAAAUUAUUAUUUCGAACAACAAAUUCUUAUGGUUUAAUUUUUUAUAUGGGUGAUACAACAACGAAUGUCUUUUCUCAAUAUUUAUCAUUAACUGUUAUUAAUGGUUUUCUACAAUUUACAGUUAAAACAGAUCUGAAUUCGGCUGAAGUAUUUUUACGAUCCAAAUCACGUAUUGACGAUGGUCAUUGGCAUCGAAUUGAAAUCGAAAGAUUUCGUCGUCGUAUUACAAUGAAACUCGAUGAUAGUACGCCACGUCGUGCUGCAACAAUGGGUAAAAAUACUGCAUUUCGUCCGAAUCCAACUUAUAUUUACGUUGGUGGAUAUCAUCGUUUAUGUGGUCAUGAUGAGCAACAUUGUCGAGGAUAUCGUGGAUGUUUGAAAAAUUUUCUUAUUGAUAAAUAUUUUAUUGAUUUAUUUAAUGAUGAAAUAAAUCAAUAUUCCUCAUUAAAACAAUGUUAA